AUGCCCAUGAUGCUGGAUGACCACAUGGGGCCGUUGGGUGCUGCCAUGCCCAACAUGGACGAUGACCUGUUUGGAGACGAGGUGCUCCCCAUGACCACCCAACCUCCCACCAAGCAGCUGCAGCAGCGUGUCGACGAGAUGCGAAGCCGGGGGUGUUGCCGGAGUAUUGCAUGCUCAAAGCUCGGCACCAUCGCAUCCAUCUCCCCGGACGGCACGCAUAUCAACCUGCAGUGUUCUCGCGCCCACCCUUCGGAUGCGUCGUGGGAGCUGAGCGAGCCCACCCCGUGCUCCAUUUUCUCCCCGACCCUUCCUGGAGGGCCCAUUGUCCAUCUGGCAUGGUCGCCGGCCAUGAACCCGGAGCUGGCCGUCAUCGACGCUUAUGGGAGAGUCUGUCUCCUGUUAUUCAACAACAGCCUAAACAAGGCGUCUUUCGUCACCAGGAAAUGGGACGCGGACACUCCCGACGAUCUCUUGUCUGUAGUUGGUUCUUACUGGCUGCCCUUGUUCGUACCACCAAACAGACAGUUUAAUGUCACGUACGGGCCAGCCGUUCGUGAGAACGGAAAGUACCAGUUCAACAGCAGCAUAAUACAGGCUAGUGGUCCAUGGCAUCCCAACCCUUCCAAGAGCGCCUUGGUUUCCGUCACUGCCAAUGGGCUUCUCAAGCUGUUCUACCCCCAGAACUCCAGUCAGCUGCAGGAAACGCAGCUGGAAAUGGAGAGCAUCACUUCAUCUGACGACCUGAUCACCCAUGCUGCCAUGUGCCCGGAUCGAGGUAAAUUGGUCGUUGUUCUCGCUACGGCAGCGAAACAGUUGAAGGUUCUCCAUGCGGAGAUCAAUUGGGGCAUCUCGCAGCCCCAAGACAAGCAGGUACCACCGGGGAGUCUGCCUCUCAAGCCCUCUCUCAAGGCGGAGCACGUCACCGGGACGAGUUGGCUGCAACAAGGCCUCGUCGACUCGCACCUGGAUGCGUCGAUGGAUCAGAUAUCGUUAUUAGAGGUCUAUCCGCCUGUCGUGGAUAUCAAAGCGAAGUCUUCCUUGCCGGCCGCGAUCCUGAUUGUCAGGUCACAUGUGCCUCCAGCACAGACGCCUUACAACGUCGAAUAUCAAAGUAUAAUCGAUCGCUGGGACAUCCUUACGGAUCAGGCUCAACAACUGCAUCCCGCUUUCGAGCAACGCGGCACCAAGGCUGGAUCGGCAUCGGCCCUCCAUUCCAUGACACGGCUCCGGAAGCGAGAGUCCAUUGUCAUCAACAAGAUAAUCGUCUCUAUCGAAUCUACCCAGUUGGGGAGAAUCAUCUGCAUUGGCUUCAGCGACGGGACUAUUCAGUUCCGGGACCGCUCGACGAUGGCUGAGUUGGCUAAUGAGGAUCACCACAACCUAAUCUUGGUGCCUCAGCAGGCCGGCUUCCAUUUUGACGACGAAAAGCCCUGUAUACAGAUGGCCAUUUCCCCGAACAAUUGCUCUUUUACACAGGUUUGUGAAAAUGGCAAGCUCAAGUGGAGCAGUUUGAAAUACCCAGUAGACCAGAUCGGAUCCACAAAGCAGGACCCUCAGUACGACGCUGUACUAAUCAGCCUGACAUUGGCUGCCGCCAACGCGGCGCAUCAAGGCUCGAACUAUGACGACGUGUUGGCUGUCGCUAGGCCUUUCGUCGAGAAAAACCCUCGAUUUCUACAUGACUUGGUGUCGACGUUGGUGUACAUGUUGAAUAUCAACGUCGACUACUCCGAAGACUCUCAUCACGACGCUCUGAUAAGGAACUUGCAGAUGCAGACCGUCCUCGGUCUUCUGAACCACCUUGGCUUCCGAGGCGAGUUCAAGUCGAGGUCAUUCAUCAGCAAGUUUGCCAUGCUCGGUCUCAGCAUCAGGCACAUCGUCAUUCUCAUAACCCUGGCAAGCAACUCGUCCAUAAACCCAGCUAAAGAGAAGUGGACACCACUUGACGAACCUGAGGUCGUCGACGCACUGACUGGUCUUUUCGUCUUGCGCGAUGACCCGAAGUUCGUGGAGCUUCUCAACCCCGGGCGCUUCUCAGAGAUGACGGCCUAUCUCAAAUCCAAGAAUGACGUUUCACUGCACUUAUUGCUUUGUUCGUCGACGAGAGGAUUCCUCGUCGCCGCUUGCAAACGUCUUGUUCACCUCCAAGUAAUGAGCGCUCAGGCUACCCAGUACUGGGACAAGAAUGCCGCCAUGCACAACUCAACAGACUCGCAUGCAAGCCAAGGGAUGAUUGCUGUUCAGCAGGCGUAUCUCAAGAUGCAGAGAUGCAUCACGACGACACUCAUCAAGGUCAACGAUAUAGACAAGAUCUUGAACACUCUAGGUGGCGAAAUCAAGCGGAUGUACCAAACCUCCGCGGCUGUCCUGGCACAGAAGCAACAGCAGCAGUCGGGCAAGCCCAACCAGCCUGCCGCAGAUGCCGCCAUCAAGAAGGCCCAGGGGCACUGCGAGCUUAAUAUUCUCCUCGCCGAGAACCCUCCGCCCCAGUUCUUACCACUGAUCAAAAAACUCUUUGAGGUGGAUCUCAAGAACCUGGUAGCCUCCACCGACCGAUCGGGGCUGUUCUUCGCCGACUUCCAGCUGCUAGAAGUAGAGGAGGACCCGAGAAGGCUGGCCGCCAGGAAGGCACAGGGCAAGUACGUGGAUACGUUCAAGCGCGUGGAGCUGACGGCGCACAACUCGGCCAAGGCCACUGGAGGAGACACUGUGCACCGGGCGCAGGAGCAACAGCAACAGGCGGGUGCGGAUGCGGCGACUGGUCUGGCAUGGAGGAGGUGUGUGAGGUGCUGUGCUGUCAUGGAGGAUGCGCUGGCGGCGAAACCUGGCAUGAACUUUGUGCUGUCACAGCAGAGGAGGUGUGCUUGUGGAGGGGGCUGGGGUCUUCUUGCACCGGGCGAGCUGGUGGUGUAA